UCACAAAGGGGGCCACUGGCUACCUCACUGUCAUGUGGCUGUCCCCUGGCUCUCCUUCACUUGCAAACGCAGGGCAAGGGCGAGACCUUUCAGAGCCGCCAAGUGGGCAGGCUUCCAGCAGCAGGCGGAGUGAGCGAUCGGCUGAGCCACUCAGCCAGGCGCUGGGGCACCGGCCUCGCGUUUCAACGUCUGUUCAGUUCUCCUGUAAUGGAAAAUUGCUUUGAACAAAGCUAGAGUGUUACAGUUCUUUCCAGCGCCCCGCCCCCCGCCCAGACAGCCUUCUGAUCGGAGGGACAGCGCUGGCCCGCCCGCCCGCAGAAAGGUACAAGGAGGGAGUCGCGCCGAGGCUUCCUACUAUGUCCCUUGCUUCAGGCCCUGUGCCCGGGUGGUUACUCUUCUCCUUUGGAAUGGGACUGGUGUCGGGGUCAAAGUGUCCAAACAACUGUCAGUGCCAAGCCCAGGAAGUGAGCUGCUCGGGGAGGAAGCUAAGUGAGUACCCCCCCGACGUCCCCCUGGACACCCGGAGGCUCUACCUGAACGAUAACAGCAUCACGUUCCUGCCGGCGAUGGACCUCGGCCUCCUCAGCGACCUUGUUUACUUGGACUGCCGGAAUAACCAGAUCGGCGAGGUGAUGGACUACACCUUCGUCGGAGUCUACAAACUCGUCUACCUCGACCUCAGCUCCAACAAGCUGAGGUCCAUCUCCCCGUACAGCUUCUCCGUGCUCAGCAACCUGGUGCAGCUGAAUAUCUCCAAUAACCCUCACUUGCUAUCUCUGAGCAAGCACACCUUUGCCAACACCAGCUCCCUGAGGUACCUGGACCUCAGAAACACCGGCCUCCAGACCUUGGACCACACCGCCUUCCAGAACCUUCUGACGCUGCAGACCCUGUACCUGAGUGGGAACCCGUGGAAGUGCAACUGCUCCUUCCUGGACUUCACCGUCUACUUAAUCGUGUCCCAUCUGAGCCACGCAGAUGACCUCAACGCCACGUGCGUGGAGCCCCCGGACCUGGCGGGGUGGCCCAUCUCGCAGGCUGGGAACCCGCUGCGGUACAUGUGCAUUACGCACCUGGAGAGCCGGGACUACAUGUUCCUGCUGCUCGUCGGCUUCUGCAUCUUCGCGGCGGGCACCGUGGCGGCCUGGCUCACCGGCAUGUGCGCCGUGGUCUACCAGAAUGCCAACCGCAAGUCGAGCGAGACUGAGGACGAGGACGAGCACGGGCAGCGGGUGGUCAGCAGGCGCAUCUUCCAGAGCAAGGCCGACUCGGGCCACGACGGCUUCCCGCAGCUCAUUUAGUGGCCAGAGGCCGGGGUGGCGGGCCCUUCCCGGGCUCCCGCAUUCUCUCCUCCCUCCCACCCCCACAGCUGUCCUAGAGAUUGAAGCCUGUUAGUAAAAUAAAUAAAAGGCUUGCUGGCCAGUUCACAGGCUGCUCCCUUCCCGCUUGACCAGCCCCUGAGCACUUCCGGGGUCUCAGCCGGAGGGCACAGAACCCAGUCCAGAAAGGCUGUGGGGUCUAAGUGCUGAGGGAGCCCACCCCCCAGCCAGCAACUCCAGUUUGAGGACCCCCUGCUCUGCCCUUCUCUAAGUGCUGUCCGGGGAGCCCCAGAAAUACACAAUGCAACAUCCACCUUCCAAGAGCAACAACUCGGGGGAAAUGAGACUGAAAUGAACCAAGUAGAGAGAAGCACGACACAAUGGCAAGAGCUGACCUGAACGGAAUAUCCCCGAGGGCUUUCGUCCAGCCGGGUCACCCUGAUCACAGCAGUCAUACAAUAGCGAUACGCGUGUACAGUGCCAGGCUGAGGCCUGGGCAGGUCACACAGCUGACUGAGGUCACCCCGAUGGCCAGCGGCACAGCCUCCCAAAGGCCGCGUCCUUCCUGUCACAGGAAGCUGCCUCCCCAGAUGUUCAGCAACAUCUCCGACAGCUGGGCGGUGAGCCCAGGACAGAAGAGAGGAGGGAGACCCGCGGAGGUGGCCCCCACUUCCUGGGUCCUUACCCGGUGCCCAGGAUCAGACCCAGCCUUACACACACGUUCUCACCGGGUUAACCCUGACAACCAGAUACGGGGUUGGUACCCUCGUUUCCCAAAGCUCAGAGAGGCCAAGCAACCAGUCCAAGACCACACAGCUGGCAGGAAGCAGAACAACGACUGGGUCCCGGGCUUCCUGCCCCCCAAGCCUGUGCUCCAUGAGUUAAGAGCCGCUGUCUUUCUUGAACUGCUGAAUGGAACGGCCAAGUCUACACAGUGUGGUCCAGCUCUCAGGGCUGCUCAGAAGACGGAGUCUGGCCGGGCCUUAUUCCCUGGCCAGGAAUACAGAGUUGAAGGGAAGGAAGGAAGAGAAAUCAUGUCAGAGAGAAAAGCAAGGCCAGACGCUGCAGGGCCUCAGAUACGCCUGUGUUACUCGGGAUUAGGAUAGGCUGUGCUGCAGGUGACAGACGAACCCCAAAGUUUUGCUGGCUGAGCACAA